GGCUGGUGGCGGCUGAGGCGCUGCAGCCAUGGUGAAGGAGGAGUGCAAGGUACUGCUGGACGCGCUCAACAAGGUGGCCGCCUGCUACCGCCACAUGGUGCUGACCAUCGGGGGCACGGCGGACUCGCAGAACCUGCGGGAGGAGCUGAGGAAAACCCGGCAGAAAGCCCAGGAGCUGGCGGUGGCCAACAGGAACAAGCUGACGGGCGUGCUGAAGGACAAGACGGUGAGCAAGGAGGACAAGGCGGAGUUUGAGAGGCUGUGGGUCAUCUUCUCCACCUGCAUGGAGAUCCUGGAGGUCGACAUGCGGCGGGCCCUAGAGCUGGGCCACGAGUUCCCCCUCAAUGUCCCCAAGAAGCACCUGAUCCAGACGGGGAUGAGCGGGGGCACGUCGGGGGUGGCCGCCCGCGCCAUGAGCGUCCAGAACAUGAAGUACGAGGCUGAGCACAACAUCGACGUGGUGGAUUUGAAAGACCUAGAAAAGGAGAUCAACCAGAUGGGGGAGAUGAUGUACGAGAUGGAGAUGAAGGUGAACGUCCCCCACUGGACAGUAGAAGCUAAGCAGGACCCUGGGGCUGAACUGAAAUCCACCGUGAGCAUGGGCGCCUCCUCCAUGGGCAUGAUCUCUGUGGAGGAGAACAAAUCCUUCUGUGAUAUCAGCAAGGUUUUGGCAGGCGUGAUUUUCUCUGCGGUGCUCAUCAUUGCUAUCGUCCUGGCGGUGUGUGUAGUAAAACUCUCCUAAGAUGGCCUCGCUGCUCACUGGUGGGUUUUUUUUUGUGUGUGGCACAGUUUGUUUCGGGAAGGUCUCCUGGAAAAGCUGAGAACUGAAAUUGUGACUUUAACACACACGCACACCUGAAAAACCUUUUGGGUCGCAUAUUGAUGUUGCGUACCUAGGGUUUGUGCACUUCUUUUAGCUUUAAAGGGGGAUAAGGCUGUAGAUCAGCCUGCAGUAUAAGACUUGUUCUCUGGGCUGGUCAUGGUUAACAGGACGGAGCCCCAGGGUAUUAUUGGUACUGGCUAUAAGAGGGAUUUGUCUGCUAUUAAUAGAUGAUGAUUCCCAGUAGCCUGAAUUUCUUGUUCUUCAAUAGGUUCUGAUGUCUGUGGCUGGUCCCAUGUUUACAACAUCUGGGGAACAUCCCAGAAAUUGGGGAUUAGGGUGUACGUAUAUAGGGCAGUAUUGAUGGAGUGAUUUUUUUUUCCUUUUUUUUUUUUUCCUUCCCUCCCAAAACGCACAGGUUUUCUGCCACAAAAAGAAAUGAGUAAAUCCUAGUAAGAAGAUGUAAACUAUCUAUUUUUUACCUUAAUCUUUAGUGGUUUAAGUCUAGGAGACUGUGCAAACAAUGUUUGAUACCAAAUACUGUCAGUAGGUUGGCACUGCUCCUACAGAAUCCAGUUGCACUUCUUGGUCUAGCAUACAUUAAUAACCACUGUAGUAAUUCCAGAACUGCAGAAAAGGAUGGAGAGCAAUUUCUGCAGAGAGAUUAACAGACUUCAUCCUUCUCUCCUAAAUGCUUUUUUUUUUUUUUUUUCUUGCAGGAAAGCUUCUUGCCACUUUCUCAAAUCUUUUUUUUGCACUAGCUACCAAAUGUAAAAUUCGGUAUUUCCCUGAAGUCAGACAGCAGGGGACUUUUUAUUUAUUUAUUUUUAUUACAUUGCAGUAAACUAACAAAGUUAAACCUAACAUUCCAGUUUGCCUGCCUCAGAUCCUGUAGCACUAAUAGAGGUCUAAUCUCACGUUGAUGGGCAGGGAUUGUGUAGCUCUCAUUUGUGGUAAGAAGAUUUAUACAUGUAUAUACAGGACUAAAGGAAAAUGGAACAGCAGGGCUCAGUCCUCCAUUUCUUCCUUGCCUGACUUCAGGUCCCUCUGAAAUGAGUGGCCACUGCCCAGUUGACUCCAGAGUUGGUAAAAGUGAGUGGAUACCCCUAUAGGGUGGAGGUGGGGAGGUAAGAGUGGAAAAACAAAAUGUGAAAAUUGACUUUGACUUCUUUUUAACUGCUUAUGCUUUCACUUCUGAGAGUGCACUUAAAAUCUUGGAAGACAAUUCCUGUGUGAUCUUGCACCAAAAGCAUACAUCACUUUAUAUUUUAUAUUAAUUUUAUGUAUGUAUUUGUAUUUUUAAAAAAUCAAAAACAGAAGGGAUUUGAAGGCAAACCCAUUCUGACCCAAGUGAAAAUCUUUGGGCAUGCCAUGAAGUGCCACAGAUGUGCAUGGCACUUGACAGACAAGUCCUUGUGCUAUAAGGUUAACAAUGCAAAUGAUUUAUGGCUCCCUUGUAUUAAAGAUGAAAUAAUUAAAAAUUUGCCAAGUGUAGUCAGAUCUGUGGAGAGCAGUAAAAUAUUGUGAAGUAAAUAAUAAGUUCAGUUUGGCACCAUGCUUUUAAAUUUUUGUGAAUCCUAUGAAUGAAAUGUAUUAUGAAAACUACAAAUAACUUUGUCUGAAAAAUAAAACUUUUAUCUUUUUUUUUAAACCUGAGGAUUACUAGAGAUGAUCUUGAAAAUUAGUUGUCAUGUAUGUCACAUAAUAGGGACAUGGAUGGAUUUGGCUCAAUGUUACCAUGCACUUUGCACAUGGAUCCAGCUUAGACUAUCUUUUGGUGGGGAGGGUGAAAUUGCAGCUACACAGUUUGUUUGGGGGGGGUUGUUUUUUUGUUUGGUGUGUUUUUGUUUUUUAAUUAAA